AUGUCUUCCGAGCACCCAGUGCCCGAAACCCGCGUGCUUGCGGUUGCCAGUCAUGUUGUUUACGGAUAUGUCGGAAACACCAUGGCGACGUUCGCAAUGCAGUCUCUGGGCUGUGAAGUAGCUGCUCUCAACACUGUACAAUUCAGCAAUCAUCUAGGAUACGGUCAAGCAAAAGGCACCCGUGCGACAGCGGAAGAAAUUACAGAUUUGUACCAAGGCCUCAAAGAUUCCUACCUCGAUGAUUUCCAAAUGAUGCUUUCUGGUUACCUCCCUGGUGCAGCCUCCGUCAAUGCAGUCGGAACCAUCGCACGAGAUCUGAAAUACAAAUCUACAAUGAAACCCGGCAGUUUCUUCUGGGUGCUCGAUCCGGUCAUGGGAGAUAAUGGGAAGUUGUAUGUCGCAGAGGAUGUAGUGCCAGCAUAUAAAGACUUGAUCAAGGAUGCUGAUUUGAUACUACCGAAUCAGUUCGAGGCAGAAACUCUGUCAGGAGUGAAAAUUGUGGAUAUGGAAACCCUGAAGCAAGCCAUAACGACGUUACACGAGCAGUACAGAAUCCCACACAUCCUGAUCACCUCGAUAGCCUUCCCAACACCAGGCGCAACACCAUCUCUCUCCGUUGUCGGUUCGACCUUCACUUCCAGUGCGACACCACGUAUCUUUGGAAUCAAGAUCCCAGCUAUAGAUUGUUUCUUUAGUGGCACAGGAGACAUGUUCGCAGCGCUAAUGUUGGUUCGACUCAGAGAAGCUGUGAACAACACGGAGGGGCUGAUGGACACUGCUGCGUGGGUUAGCGGGGAUGAGGUCGAAGCUACAGAAUUACCACUUGCGAAAGCUACGGAGAAAGUACUUGCUAGUAUGCAUGAAGUUCUGACGAGGACGAAAAAGCAAAGAGACGAAGAACUGGAGAAAUAUCAUAGCCGGGUUGGUGCACGAGAUUCAGAAGCAGAUGCGAAGAAGUUGAAGCUGGUUACGUCGAAGGCGGCAGAGGUUAGACUUGUGCGGAAUUUGGACUGCUUGAAAUUCCCUGAAGUGAAAUUUACGGCAGAGAAGGUAUAG